AUGGCUGCAGACAAUCCACCAUACUACAUAUUAGUCUCUCACAGCAACCCUUUGGCUACUAGCUCGACAACGCUUAGCCACCCAGUCAUCGAAUAUCAUUAUGCGGACGACUCGCCACACUCCCUUCUGCCACAGUACCCGGGAGAACGCGUCCUCGUCAUAGACCAUGAUCCCAACAGGAAUGCUUCCCCAGUGACAAAGAGUUUGUCUUCAGAUAUCUCUGUGACGAAUGUGAAGAUCACUGGUGCUGCCGUCGCGGGCGGACUUGAGGAAGAACACAAGAUGUACAUCCUCGAAACGACAACUAUGCCUGAGGAAUUGAUCGAUGAUGAGGACCUUCAAACGCCCCAUAUCCUUCUGGCACGGUUCAAACAACGGAAUACUGUUAUCAGACAGGCCUUUGACUAUCCUGAGAUAGCGCGGAAUGAGCAGCAGUCCUCUACGUCACAUCCUACGACCGAUGCUUCCCCUCAGCUGUAA